CAGACCGCUGCCAAAGGCCAUGUGGCCUUUUCUCUGGAGAGCUGGGAACGUGGAGAGGUCUUACUCUGGCCUGGGUGACGACUCCAUCCGCACCCUGGGCCUGAUCCUCGGCGUGGGGCUCUCACUGCUGCUCGUGUCCGUCCUGGGCUACAGCCUGGCCAAGUGGUACCAGCGUGGGUACUGCUGGGAGGGGCCUAAUUUUGUCUUCAACUUGUACCAGAUCCGGAACCUGAAGGAGCUGGAGGUGGGUCCACCCUUCACCAUCAGUGGCCAUGUCAGCAGUUCCAAUGGCGGCUACAGGAAGUUCUCCGACAAGCUAGUCUGAUGGGGAAGUGUCAGGCUUUGGAGCCCCGGAGAGAAUCGACCUUUCCUCUUAGUGCGAUUCUCAGUUUGGCUCAGGCCUGCACGCUCGCAGCCCAGAUGGAACGGCAGGCAGAACGGGAGCCGGCCGGGAAUGGUGAAUGUUCUCAGCCCCAGCACAGUCCUUUCCAAACCUGAGAGCAAGCCGGACUCAUCUAGAUAGAUCUAGGAGUGUGUUUCAAACUUUUUUGGACUAUGAUCCCAAAUAAGAAAUGUGUUCCAUGAUUGCCUGUAUAUAGAUAUCCCAUAAACUGAAAGCAGUUUCACGAAAGAGUACGUUUUACUAGCCGGGUACCGUGGUCUACACUACUACUCUCUCCUAUUCUGCCCCUGUUCUAGUCUAUCCUACCCUGUCCUAUCCUGUCCCCUCCGUUAUCCUCGCUUGUCCAUUUCAUUUUUUAAAAUGCUGGAUGUGAGACACAAAAUUAACUUCUCCAAAGUUCACCAGAUUAAGUGAC